CUCAGUUUGCCGGAUUAUUUAAAAUACCCGGCCUCAAUGUCCACCAUUAUCAAUUGAACUCUAACGGAAUGCACACACAGCAAAAUGAAAAUAGCAAGUUACAUACAAUCCCAUCAGAUGACAAAGACGAGUUUUACAACGAGAAGCUGGCAGAAACUGAAACACUUGUUGUCAAAGUAUAAGCGAAGUCGAGGAGUUAUUCGGAAGGUUAUGCCCAAAAUUAGUUUGGCGAACAAUAAGAAGUUAAAACUUGUAAGCAAGGAGGACGUUAAGUUGGGACGGUUACUCGGCGCUGGUGGAUUCGGAUCGGUGUAUUAUGGAUCUUACCGGCAGCGUGAUGUUGCGGUGAAAAUAAUGCACAAACAGAGCAAGAACCCCGAGGCGCAGAUCGAGAGCUUCAAGGCCGAGUUACACAUCCUUGACUUUGAGCAUCCAAACAUUGUGAAGACCUUGGCUGCUACACCUUUUGAGGAGUUUAAGGAGGGGGCUUGGAUAGUGAUGGAGUACGCCGGAAGUAGAACUCUUCAGAGCAUGAUUAACAACGAGGAACUGUGUCAGGAGACGAGGAUCCGUUUCGCCAUUCAGAUGUCGGACGCCCUCCACUACAUCCACGACAAUCACGUGCUACACCUCGAUCUGAAGCCCGCCAACAUCCUCAUCACGGCCCGCGGGGACGUCAAGAUGGCCGACUUCGGUUGCUCCCAGAAGGUGGAGAUGGACACGGGACUGGUGAGCCCCACCCAGCGCUCCCUUCUGACCGGGACAUUCGCCUACCGCGCCCCGGAACUCCUAAAGGGACAGGUUCCUUCAAACAAAGCAGACAUUUACGCUCUUGGAGUGACUUUGUGGCAGAUGUUAGCGCGGGAAAAUCCCUAUGGAAACGAGAACCAGCACGUGGUGAUUUUCAGCGUGGUGGCUUACGGACACCGCCCUCCCCACCCUCAGAUAGACCUCGACCCAUUUGAGGAGUGUUAUCGAGAUCUCUACACGCAGUGCUGGUCGGCCACACAAUUUGACCGACCCUCCGCCAAAGAACUUCACGAAACUCUCAAAAUCUGGAAGAAACAUAUGUAACCAUGGGAACAGUUUCCUCCGAUCUUCCAUUCCUCGACUGUGAUAUUUUGACGCCUUAUUGGGCUGUUUGUGACUUGAUAUACAUGAUUUAUUUUGGUGCUAUUGCACCCGUUGUUUUAUUGUAUACAUACGUUUAUUUAUUUUGUUCCUUUUAUACAAUUUUACACCAUUGUCGGGGGUGACUAAAUAGUCACACCCUCCACCCCGCGUGGUGUGGGAGAGAUAGACUCUUGACCUAUAUACAUAUAUUUAUUGAGGGAUUUUUCUCUCACGCACUGUUCGCCUUUAUGUUGAAUUGUACAUAAUUUAUACACACUUUGUUCCUGAAAGUGCUAUGUUGUGAAAGCAUUCAAUAAAACUCUAUUUACAUAAAAAAGUUUCGUUAAUCCCUCAAAUUGUUAUCUCAAAGACCGAUUAACUUACAGAUUUAUCCUUUUGACCUCGGAUUAGAAAUUUGAAAAAAAAAUCUGAAAUAAUAAUUCAAAGAAAAAAUAUUCCGCACAUAAUAAUAAUGGUGUGCAGAGUAUUUCCUUAGCUAUUACGUAAUAAGCGAGUCGAUUGAGGCACAGCGGGAGACUUUCUCA